UGUACAACCAAAUUUUUAUCUCAAGAGACAUAUAUUUCAACCAAAAUUUCAAUUUCUAAUCCUCCUUCUGCAACUCCAUUAUUUAUAAAACUCUUUUACUUGCCCAACUUAAAACCCAACAAUAAAACCGACGUGCCAAAAGAUAUCAGAUGAUUGAUUUUCAAAGGAGGCCUUGUACUGGGAAGUGAAAGGGGUGCAAACUAUUGUACGAUGGAGGGAAUUUUUGAGGAAGUUAGAAAGAGAUAAGAACAAAGAUAAAAACCACAAAAUUUAAAUUGAAAAUUGCAAGGACACAACACGUAGUGACAAAAUUAGUUUUUUCCAUGUUAGCCAAUUACCAAUUUACCUUUAGCAAAAAUUAAAGAGAGAAAUAAUUUUAAAAUUGAGAAAGUACAUGAAACUCUACAAUGAAAAUUGAAGUAUCAAGCACCAUAAAAAUACAUACGGUAUACUUAGUGGGCUUGCUAAUCAUGAUGGAAAGUCCUGCGAUUUUCAGAGAGUUGAACUUCGUGUAUAUUUUGUAUUCAAAAAGACACAACAAAUUUGUUCAGUGUAAAUGGUUGUGAUUGUUGUCUUUGUCUGAAGAGACCCGAGUUCAAAUCCUAAUGUUGAUAUUUUUUAUGUGAGAUAAAUAAUUAAUUAUAAAGACAAAAAUAUUCUUCCUACUUUCACUCUCAUUGCACGAAAUUUGAAAUGGAGAAAAAUACACAAAAGUGUACUAUAUAUUAUUGGAAGAUUAUUAUACAUUUGAAAGCAAAACAAAAAACAAUUCAUGAGGUCUUGGUUCCUCCGACCCAUUCGCAACGAGGCAAAGAGUCAAAAGAUGACGGCUACAACGUUGAACGUCCGACCCAUUCGCAAUAUUUUUUCCGGAUCGUGACCCGGAUACCGAAAGCCCGAUAUUCAUGUCAACAAGCCCGCAAUAAUGCAUCCCACUUCGGUGAGGCCCAAGUCACUUCACGGUCCAGUAUUGGUGCCGUAAUCUGUUUGGCCCAAUGUACACUGAAAUCCGGCUACACGGUUCUAUUCUAAUAUGUAGCUUUUUAUUAUUUGGGGUUAACAGUUGAAGUCUUGAAGACGUUCCAGGGUAAAUCCACAAUCAUGACUUGCAACGUGCGAUCGAUUGUUAUUAUCAAGUGAAUUAAAACGUCCUGAAUCCUAAACUCAAUAGAGGUCAUUCGAGAUUGGUUGGAUUUGAUUUUAUUUGUGAUUUGCCAGUUCAACCAAAAUUGAACUAUAAAAUUACAGUUACAAAUAGAUGAAUGUAGAUUGAACCAGUUUUCAAUUUGUCUUAUUCACCCUUACAAGUGGGCAUCAUUCAUUCGACUUUCACAAGUUGGGUUUCACACUUAUUGAGCAAGUAGCCAAACCAAACUACAAAAAACAGUUAACAAAAAACAAGACCAAACCAAAAUAGUCUUCCUUUCACACUUUAGCAAGUCAUUUCAUUCCUCCAUUUCCAUUUCCAUUUCCACUUCCUUCCUUACUCCUUUCACUUUCCAAAACACUCUCCAAUUAUACCCACUACCACUUUUCCCCCAUUCCCUUUCCUCACUCCUUCCCCCUUCUCCACAAGAACACAGAAGAAUCCACACACAGAGCUAGAGCUUAAGAUUUGAAAACAGAGGAAUCAAUUAAGAUGGGCAAACACAACCACCAGAGGCCGUCACAAUCUGGCCGGACGAAUCUGGCAUCCUGCAUCGUCGCCACAAUCUUCCUCCUCUUCCUCCUCAUCAUCCUCCUCAUCGUCUUCUUCACCGUCUUCAAGCCCAAGGACCCCAAGAUCUCCGUCAACGCCGUCCAGCUCCCGUCCUUCUCCAUCUCCAACAACACCGUCAAUUUCACCAUCACCCAGUACGUCUCCCUCACCAACCCAAAUCGGGCCUCCUUCUCCCACUACGACAGCACCCUCCAGCUCGUCUACGCUGGGUCGCAGGUCGGGUUCAUGUUCAUACCCGCGGGUAAAAUCGAGUCGGGCCGGACCCAGAACAUGGUCGCAUCCUUCUCCGUCCAGUCCUUCCCGCUCUCGUCGAACCCGGAAGCCGCCGUCAAUUUGGGAGGGGCUGCGGUUUUCCCCGGAGUCGGCGUCGGUGGGGGUUUCCCUGCUGUUGGGGUCGGGCCGGGCGGCGGAGCCGGGUACAGGGUCGGGCCGACGAUGGAGAUCGAGUCGAGGAUUCGGAUGGCGGGUCGGGUCAGGGUGCUCCACUUCUUCACCCACCACGUGGAGGGUAAAGCGGCGUGCCGGGUCGCCAUUUCUGUCACGGAUGGAUCUGUGCUGGGCUUCCAUUGCUAGCUAGCUGCAGCUUUUAUUUCUUCUCCACCUCUUUUCUUAGCUAGGCAGUAGUAGUGUUUUCCCACCUCUUUUCUUGAUCUGUGUACCAAUUUUUUUUUUGGUGAAAUUGUAAAAAGAAGACAAGAGAUUUUUACCAUGCCAAAGUUUUUGGUUUUUGGUCCGUGUGUGUUUGUGUUAAAUUUUUUUUUUUUUAAUCUUUUGGUCCAACUUUGGGUUAUUUUGGCAAUGUGGUCACAUUCCAAUUGGUGAGGUAAAAAUGAGAUGCUCAGGUAAAAACUUAAGAGGUGAUCUACCAACGGAAGUAACAGAGCUCUGAUUCUUUUUUUUUUUUUACCAAGUUUUAUGGCUUUUGGAGCUCUCCCUGGCUUCUACUAGUUCCUUUGAUUUGGGCUUUAUUUCUGGCUCUUUUUGGUCGACCAAAAAGAGAGAGAGUGGUGUGGUAAAGGAAAAGGAGAUAUAUUGAUUGUGGUCUAAGUAAAGGGUUCGAUGCCAUUAUUGCAACAAUCAAUAAAGUUGCUUUCUUUCCACUUCAAAAAUAUCACAAUUCACACAAUAAUAACAGAGCUCAUAC